AUGCGACCGCUCACCGCACUGUUGAUAGUGGCCGCGUGCCAGUGUGUCUACUCACACCAACACUCGCGAACGUCGCGCCAACUUUUGCAAACCACAUUACACUCGCUCCUUGGACAACAUUACCACCCCAUACAACGUAUAUUCUCUUGUAGUCAUGAGUUAGGACCCACAAAAUGUCUAAGUGCUCUAAGUGUGUGGCGAGCAGAACGCGCCAUCAAAGCGUUCGCCCAGAAUCCCGGCAAACAGUUCAACCUGACUGAAGAUGUGGAGCAAUUCCCAUGGAAGAAGUUCAGUAAUGUAUCUGACGAACAGCUAUACACACAACUUUAUGAUGAUACCACAAAAUUGCUGCAAUAUCGGUCCCUGGGUUUCGACAUGAUACCCGGAUACAAUGUAAAACUAGGAUCCAAAGAAAAUGGAACGAUGCGUGUCGACAUUUAUACAAGUGACACUGCCGAAACUGGUCGAAGCAGCACGAAGAAAUUGCAGAAAAUGUUUCAUAAAUACGCGCCAUUUCUUCUAGUGCCUGGUCUAGUGGUAUCAGCAAUAAUCCCGUUUAUAUUGCCGGGUCUAAAGAUGAUGACUUUGAUGGUCGGAAUGAUGAACUCAAUGGCACUGAUGGGAGCAACAUUUACAAUACUUAGGAACAACGCCUUUAACGAUAAGUACCAACAUAAAGUUAUUUAUGUGAACAGUGGAUAUGAAAAUGAAAAGCAUUUUGCAGCGACGAACAAUGAGGAGCAUAUCCAUACGGAUCAUUAUGGAAUGGUCUACGAUGAAACGAAGAACCAUCCACAGCAAGCUAGUAAUGCAUUAGGUGUAGAAUUUGAUAAUAUGGAAUCUUUGCCACCGUUUGCUUUAAAUCCCGAUUGGCUGAAAGCGUAUAGCGAUGGUAAAAUAGUCGCUUUAAUGGGUCAAGACCAACAUAUUGAGAAAAAACAUUAAUAUUGAUGAAAAUAAUUUUUAUUUAGACUUGCCAGGUUGAAAGCGAACCCGACGAAUUUCAAUGCUUUAAUACUUUGUAAGUUUUAUACGUAUUUGCCCUUAAAGGUAAAGGUUAGUCUUUUCCAUCUAUAAUAAUGAAUAAUUUACAACUCGAAAAAGGGAACAUGGAUUUGGAUUUUGUAAUACUUAUAAUACGUUUAUUGUUUGUUUAUGUUGUAAUGUUAUUUAUAGCAAAGUUAAUAUUCUUUUAUGGAUUUAGUUGCCUUUAGUAUAUUUAUAAGAUUAUACCUCUAGUAUUAGUAAUUUAUUGACAUUGAUGUAGUAUCUAAGGUUAAGUUUUAAACUUACUAAGAGAAGGUUUAAACGUGCAAAGCAGUUUUUUGCGUGUUUUUUACUCUUUCCAACAUGAUUGUAAUUUAAAUAUAUGACCUUACUUCAUACCAUUUUUUGGUAUUAUCUGCCGAGAUUGCAUCCUAUUCAGUAUUUUGUGUUGUUUUUGCUAAUUAAUAUAGGUACUUACCUAC